AUGCGAAUGAUAUAAGAAAAUUUUUCACUAAACACAUGGUCAAUGAGAAUCUGGGUACGAUCUGCCAUGCUCAUGUGGUUCACGCUGACCUCAGUGAAUAUGGAGCAUUGGACGAGAAGUGCAUCAAAUUGGCAGAGCUUGCUGCCACAGCAGUUGAUUUCCCCAAAACUGGAAAGAUUGUCACCAUGCCAUUUGAACUCAAACCGAAAAUGUUUCCCGACUUUAUGGAGAAAGAGGAAUUUCAGUCAUACAAGUCGGAAAAAAUUUUGGGCAAGCUAUUCCGCCAAGUCAUAGAUGCUAAUGACAAAGAUGUGGUAGCUUCUGAGCUAAAAUUUGUUCCUCAAGACAUUCUUUAUGAUGCAGACCUUCAUAUCCCCGGAUCCACAAAUUUCAUUACUGAUGCGUGGAGCCAUAAGUGCUCUUAUGAUGGGCGGCUAAAUGGACUUCUGGGACUGUAUAAAGUGCGCAGAGAGGAAGAGAUUGUGACUGGGCACAUUUGGUCCCUGCCAAAGUAUAGUAGCAACAAGCAAGGGCAGCUGAAAGAGAGACUCAAACAUGCUUACAGUGCCCUCAGGAAAGAGUUCAGGAAAGUUUUUGAGAAAAUGGACUCAGAUUUCGAACAACUUUCUGAUGACGAGAAGAAUGCCAUUUAUGAACAAAAGGCAUCAGCAUGGUAUCAAGUCACUUAUCAUUCUUGUUGGGUGAAGAAGUCAAUGGAGUUGCAAGAGCCAGAUGGGGAUGUGGAGACAGUAAUGUUGAGCUUUGCUUGGAUAGCAGUUGAUUACCUUGCUCGGAUCAAAAUUAGGUGUGGCGGAGAUGGAAAUGCUGACCUCACUAAGCCAAUCAAUGCUUUUGCGAGGUACGUUGCUGAUCGGAUAUGACGGAUAAUCAAAGCUGUUUGAAGUUUUCUUCUAUCGUUGCUUCAAACUUUUCUGGACACGACGUUAUGGUUGCUUUUGAACUUUCUGGCCUCAAGGCCACUCUGCCAUGUUCUGUUAUUGCCCUUGCCUCUUUAUGCUUGUAGUGUUUUGCCUAUUCAUGCUAUAAACUAUGUAUCUGUAUUGUUAUAAACAUAAUGUUGAAAAUGCUGUACUUUUGCUUGCAUUUUUUGGCUUGAAUAUCGUUAGCAUUAACUUGUAAAUUUAUUUUCA